UUUGUCUACAAACUGAAAGAGGAGUAUAACCCAGAAUACCAGUAAUGAACGGUAGAGCUUGAACUGAGAGUAGAUAGCGGUAGUGUUUUGCUGUGUGAUUGUGAAUUACGAAUAACCAUGAAAAUUUGUCUUGUUUUGUCCUUAUUGCUUUGGGUGUCAUGCAUUGCAUUAGCAGAGCACAAAACUUCACACUCAUCAGUGCAGGGACAAGGACAUGAAAAUAAGGGAGGACAUACAUCUGAAAAGAAACAUGGGAAAUAUAGUGGCAAAAGUAGCAAACACGACAAUGAAUAUGUAGCCAAAGGAGAAGACUUCGAAGAUUUGCAUAAGAAGAGUAGUUUGGAGAAAGGAGGAAAAAAAUCAUCACAUUUCGAUGAAGGUUCCUAUAAAUCAUCGCAUAAAAGUGGGGGUGGUUCCGGUCAUGGCCUUAAAUAUGAAGAGGGGAACAAACAUCAUAAAGGAAAUUAUUUAAAGGGUUUCCGAGAAAAAUACCACAAAGACGAGUCCAAGAAACACGAUAGUUUCUUCAGCAGUGGUGAAAAAGGUGGUCAAUAUGCAAUUUUUGGCAAGAAAAAUAGUAAAUAUUCAUCGGAUAGCUUUUCGAAGAAGAAGGGCAAUAAUCACAAGAAUUCGGCUUCUGCAAAAUCUGGGGGAAAAGCUUACAAGUCAGGAAAAACUCAUCAUGUAUCUGAUUCCAAAGGACACCAAGGUCAAGGAGGCUUUGAAAAACAUUAUAAAAGUGGUGAUACAUUUGGCAAAAAACAUUCCUCUCAUGGAGGCAAAAAAUAUAAAUCCCAUUCAAUAUAAUUUAAAAAAUUUUUUAUCAUGUGAAAAUAUAAAAAGUAUUUUGUUACUUUGUUACUACAGAUUAAGUCGAAAAUAAUUUUCUGACAAUUUUCAAAAAAGAGUAAAUGGUUAAUACUAUUUGUGUUUUACUUACACAGUUUCUUCAAUAAAAAAUGUUCUAUGAA